AUGGACAACUUCUAUCAGCUUUUGGAGCUCAUUGAGCAACUGAAGAUUAUCAAACGUAGCGGAUGGAAGCUCCGUGGAAUUCACGAGCCCGAGAGCGUUGCAGACCACACAUUCCGGGUAGCACUUAUCUGCCUCAUUGCCACUGCAUUAGACGACGAGAAGCGAAAAAGAGCUGUUUACAUGGCCCUAAUCCACGACAUGGGCGAGGCCAUAAUUGGGGACAUCACUCCUUCAGACGGAAUUAGUCCUGAACAGAAGUAUAUUAGAGAAGAGAUGGCGAUCAAAUUUCAGGCGUGCACAAUUCGCAAGACACAUCCGGACUUUGCUGAUAUGAUGUUGGGACUUUGGCAUGAAUAUGAAGAAGGCAAGACCGACGUUGCCAUAUUCGUCCGGCAAGCAGAUAAAGUUGAAGCUGCUGUACAAGGCGUCAUUUACGAAGAGCGAACGGGAAUCGACAUGCGUGAUUUCAUGAAGCCGAAGGUUGAAAUCAACGUGCCAGAACUUAAGGAUUUGAUGCAGACCUGCCAGGCCAAGCGAACAGAGCUGCAAUCAAGGCGGGAAAUGAGUAAUAAGAUAAAGAUCAUUUUUGUCUCUGGUGCCCCUGGUAUCGGAAAAGGAACACAGUGCAAGAUGCUGGCCAAAGACCUUGGUUUCUGCCACCUGUCAGCGGGCGACUUACUGCGCAAUGAAGCAAACGAUCCAGAGUCUCCUUACGCUGAUUUUAUAAAUGAAAGCAUGAGAAAGUCUGUGUUGAUUCCACCGCAACUUACUACUCAGCUCUUGAAACGAGAGAUUACUCGGGCGCUGGACGAAGGAAAAGAGAGAUUCCUGCUUGAUGGAUUUCCUAGGAGUUUGGACCAAUUGCAUGAUUUUGAGCUUAAGAUUUGCGAUCAUUACUCUACGCUAUCAUUUGAAUGCAAAGAUGAUAUUGAGAUUCUGCAACAACGUCUAAUCGAGCGUGCAAAAUCGUCUGGACGGGUUGAUGAUAAUCCUGAAUCGAUACAGCGGAGACUGAAAACCUUUGAAGAGAACAACAAACCGGUCUUGGAAUACCUCCGCACUCAUGGACAUGGAGUAUUUCGACCUAUCGAUUGCAGUGGUACGAUCUCUGACGUCUACAAUUCUGUGCGCUCUGAGGUCGAAUCGAUUAUUAGAUACCAAUAA